GUUUUCCAAGGAUGUGGGAUGCCUAAACCAAACCCUGCCUUCCGAUCCAAACGUUCUGUAAAAGACACAGGCUUUACCGGGCGCUUCCGUCCUUACAGUCCAGAGGCAAGACCCACAACUGCUGCUGGUACCAGUUUGGAUAGACUGACAAAUGAAGUAAAGAAGAAGCUGAAACACGCCAAGAAGUUCUGGUCUACGUUGCCAGAGACUGUGUGUGCCGAUGAGAGGACUGCACCUGUGGAUGACUGCUGGAAUGGGACGGCAAAAAGCAGGUACGAGUCAGUUGUCAUUGGCAACGGGCUGGCCAACCAGGUAUCGAACCCUGACGUGGAGGUGGACAUAACGAAACCAGAUGUUGUCAUUCGCCGACAGAUCUCAGUUUUGAAGGACAUGACGAACUGGCUGAAAUCAGCGCACAGCGGCAACGACUGGUCUGGAACAGAUGAGGAGAGCAGCGGGGGAGAGGAGAGUGGCAGCGGCUGUGACUCCCCAUCGUGUGACGGGGACAUAUACUUCCCCACCACACCGAGCGUCAGGACACCCAAAGCCGGUCCAGUGAGCAACCCAGACAGCGCCGGGGUGUGGUCAGAGGGCAGCACGGUGCUGGUGCUUUGUGGGCUGGUCCUGGCUCUGCUGGCUCCUCACCUCAGAUAAAACUAUCCAAACAGAAAGGACCYGGAUUAAUCCAAAUGAAGGGGAGAACCGUCAGAGAGACUUUAACAGACUGCCUUCAGGACCUCAGACUGUCCGCUGUUGGAAGGGGGGGUGGGGGUGGGGAAAACUCUUCUUCAUAUUACAGUAAUUCACUAUUAACUCUUUGUAUGUUUGUAAGGACAGCAGUAUAAUUUUCUGCCAGAGAAAUCUACCUGCUCUCUUAGGUAAGAAUAUACUUUAAUGGCUCUUUUGGAGCUUCUUCAUGGUUCUGCUUGCAGCGUAACAAAACAUCAAARUGUCUCAUUUUGGCAGUUUAAUAUCCUGACCUCCUUUGGGAUGGUUGCCAUCUGAUAAACAUUAAGAAAACAUGUUUGGUCAAAUAGAAAGCACCUGUUUUGGGACGUCUCCAUUUUUUCCGAGGAUGUUAUUCUCUUCAUUUAUUCAGAGAUGAAAGGAAUGACAAGAACGCAAAUGAAAUUUAAUGUUGCUAUGAGUGUUGAUAAUUCAGAGCAGCUGUUUUGUGCCUUUUGUUUUUGUUUGUUUGUUUUUAAUCCAUGCUAGCUGAAUUCUUUGUGUUUAGAAAGUUUUCAAACUUGCUUCUUGCUUCGGUCAAAGAGCAGUUUCAGAGAGGAGGAAGAGCUGAGCUCAUCUCUAAGAAAUACGAGGAGACGAGUUACAUCCCAGGUGUUUGUGUUUGACCCACAGAUGGAAUCGUUCUGUACAAGAACCUGAACAUGUUAUAACYUCUGCUGUGAGCAAAGCAGCAUCCAGGCUUUUAAUUUCCUUAUUACUCAGUUUCAUUUCAUCCGCUUAAGCAGUUAGAAGGUAACGCCAUACCUCGAGUURACUCUGGUUGUCGGUGCAAUGCUYAUGGUGUUGAGCUGAAAGUGUCUGACAGAGUUGGAUGUUGUGGCAGGUGUUCCCCCUGUUCUGACCCCAGAAGAAGGCAAAGUCUUGAAUGCCCCCCUCCCCACCCCCGUUGGUGCUGCAGGUUUCAGUUCAGCACAAACGUCUAACAUGUUKUUAAAGAGAAGACGACAGCAUGGAUGUCCAGAGCAUUUCACAUCAAACCAGAGAAGAGAAAUCAGAUGUUUUUGAUACAGGGUUUUAUGUCAAGGAGGUGUAAUUUUUUUAGCUUAUUUUUGGUAUGAAGAUAUAUAUUUGGUACUACAGUGGAUUUUACUGUUCUAGUCGUAGGUGGAAGUGGACAGAGUGCAGAUCCUCACCAUCCCUGUCCCAAAAAGCGCAUUCCUUUAGUUUAACUCUUUUAAAUGGCCUGUUUUUUUGUUUGUUUUUUGUUUUUGUAUUUGUUUUUAGUGUAAAUGAACUCGAUCUGAAUCAUUUGAUCUAACUGUUCUCGUACUCCCACCCUGAAGUGGAGGGUUGAGAUGUUUGGUACAUUUUUAACAUCCUUUCAUGGUUACAAAAGCUGUCGAUGUGAAGUUCUGAUUUAUCUGCAGGAGUUCCCUGAAGCACAAAGAACAAUCUUGUUUAUUUGUUUGAUAGUCAGGUCUGUAAGCUGCUUCACCUGGCUCUUUCAAUUCUAAAGUGAUGCUGCCUCUUUGCUUCUGUACAGUAACUUAUGUCUGUAUUUUAACUGGGGGGAAAGAAAUCUUUUAGAAUUGACCUAUUGUCCCAAAUGUUUUGUCCUUGUGCUUUUAGAUGCAUAAUAUGGUUUUGAAAACUGUAAUUUCUAAGUAAUUUAUUAUACAGAUCAUGUUUUAGAAAUUUAAAUGAUUUAGCCAAAAUGAGGGAUGAAAAUAAGUCUUCUAGACAUCGAUUAGGAAACUUAUAAACACUAGAAAAAAACAACUCUUAGUUUUGAAAUUGGCUGGUUGAGUCAUCUUACAUGACAUUUUCUUAAAGAAUAAUCUUUAAGAAAAUGUCAUUAAGUUCCACCUUAAUGGAAAGAAUCUGACUUUGAAGGAUUUGAUGUAACAUCUAUGCAAACCAUUUAAAGGACUGAAGCCUUAAAAUCCCCAAGCUGUGCUCCAGCAGCUUCAGUUGGCAUUACUUUUGUUUCCACAAACAUUUCUGRGAGGGUCCGUGCUCGUGUCCGUGUCACUUUGGCAGAGUUGUCUCGUACGUGGGGGGGAAACAAAAACCAAACUUUGAGGUCAGAGGAAACGUUUCGUGUGACGAUGGUGAAUGUCUUUGCGUGCAGGCCAGGGGCAGCAGCAGCGUUUUCCAAGCCCACGGGAUGUCCCACUGCUGGAUGUUCGAUCGGGCUCACAGAACCACGUCAAGUCUUGGGACUUAAACGUGGAGUUGGACAGGUGUUGGAAACGUUUCCACCUGCCUUUUUGGCCCACAGGAGCAGAAAGGACUCACUUUCUGAUGAUAGUGACUGACUGAAGAGAAUGAAAAAUGUGUAAAUAGAGUGCAGCCGUUUGUAGAUGUCUCUGAAAGAGGCCUUAACAGUAAACCAGAUUUUUACUUGCCAGAGUAUCUCCUAAAUGUUAUGAAACAAAAAGAUGAGAUAGAUGUUAAAUUGUAAGAAAAAAAAUGUAUAUUAAACAUUUCUUAGUCUUGUGAAAAUAAAGACUGCCAAUAUUUAAA